UCAUCCUUCCUGGGCUCCAGAUCCGGAGACUCCAGCCCUGUUCUCUCAGAAGUGUCUAUUUCUUCUACCGGAUCUGUCGCCGAUGUCAGCGCCAGGACAGCUGCAUUUUCCGCAGCAGCGUCUGUAAAGAAUGAGCGAGAACAGAGUCUUAGUGAUAAGGUGAAGGAUGAAAGUCCAGAGGCAGAUGUCAGUGGAGUUUCCAGUCCUACUUCACUACCUGCCAUUUCCCUCCUGUCUCCCAAAGCCAUGGAGAUGGCUGGCUGUAUCAUCAAAGUUCAGGAGGAGCAUCGAGAAAAGGCUAAGUUGGCCCUCAGGGUGCGGCAGGAGAUGCAGGAGAAGCUCGUAGCGGCGGUUGCGAGUGCCGAGUCAGAGCAGCUGAAACGCUUUGAGGAGCUCAUGGAGCUGAAGCAGAGGCAGGAGUACCAGAGUAUGAGGGACAUGAUGGAAAGAGAAACGAAGGAGAGCAUCGGGCGUCAAGAGAAGCUGAAGGAGGAGCAGCGGCGUAGAAUAACGCUCGUCAACCUACGGCUGAGGGAGGCAGAGCAGCAGCGUCUUCGGGAGGCAGAACUCGAGAGGCAAAGGCAGGCGGAGGGCAGGGAGAGUCUGCGUAGCCUCAACAGCAUCCAGGAGGAGAUCCUGCAGCUCAACCAGCUGCUUGAGCCCUCCACCCAGACCAAGACGGACCUCCCACCGGCCAGCCUCAGCUCCUACAGCACCCGAGGGAACCAGCUGUGCUCCCAGGUGUCGGAGGUGGUGCGAAAGACUGCAGAGGGCAACUUCCCCAGCUUGGAGGACAUGACUGUGGCAGAGCGAGCCCUGCACGAGAUGAGAGCGCUUAUUCGGCUCAUGCAGGAGGAAGCGGCCAAUGUUCGAGAGAAGAAGAAGAAGGAGCAAGAGCAGGAGGAGGAGCGCAGGAAACAGGCAGAGCUGCUGGCGAAGCAGGAGGGGGAGAAGAAGGCGGCACAGCUGGCCAAAGAGAAGGCACAGAGGAAAGUUACCAUGCCCGUUCCUCAUGGUCUGAACCACGGCUGGCGUUGGUUGGCUCAGAUGCUCAACAUGGAGCCUCUGGCAGACGUCACGGCGACUCUGCUGUUUGACUUUCUAGAGGUUUGCGGGAACGCUCUGAUGAACCAGUAUCGGAGCCAGUUCUGGAAGCUCAUCCUGCUACUGAAAGAGGAAUAUUUCCCCAGGAUUGAAGCCGUGACCAGCAGUGGACAGAUGGGCUCGGUCAUCAGACUCAAACAGUUCCUGGAGACAUCGCUGCAGAGACGACAGAUCAGUCCGCCCAGAGGCCAGCUGGGCUCCGGGUUCUGGAGGUCUUGACCGACGAGGACCUGCGCUGGGUGACGACGCCAUUGUAGGACUGAGUCAGGCAGAAAUGAAUUGAGAGCAUCUGUGAGUGGGAAGAGGGGAAAAAGUUGUCCUGUGGUUUUAGUUUUUAUCUAAAUGAGCACACUGACGUCACACACUGACGUCACACACUGACGUCACACACUGGAAGCCUCACGAGUCCUCUGCGUUUGUAAGGUCACAUUUUUGAGGUCACAUCUGCUUCUGCUGACCUGAAGCAGAUGUGAUCCUGGUACUGACACCUGUGGGGUACUUUUAACCUUAACUUCAUUGGCUUUUCUGAAGGGUUUUUUUUUUUUUUUAAAUUCCCAGGUAUGUCGAGUCAUUCCUCCUAAAGAGAGACACUUUCACAGCCUUAACUUUCACGUUAAAUUAUUUUGCUGAUUCCGAUAAUAAUUUUUAAUAGUUUACCUUCUUGUUUUUCUCCUUUUUGUGGCACAAAAACAACAAAAUCUCAAUCACAAAAAUAACUGACCAGUUUUAAAGUGUUUCAGCUGCGCAGACACCGGCGAAUGUCAUCUUAUUUGUCGAUACUUCGGUGCAUUUCCACCAUUGCUGCUCACGCGUCUAUCGCCUUACUCACCCAUAGUCUGUGUAGGCAGCUGGCAACAUUUGAUCAUUCACAUCUCUGACAUACUGGAACAAAAUGUGGUGAGAUUGAUGAAUAAAAACUGGAUUAAAAGCUACUGAAAUCAAAAAGUGAAAGUAAAUUAUUUGUCGAUGAAGUAAAAAUCAAAUGAUUGAUGCUUUUAAAGGUUCUUCUUGAAAAUCCCUCUGUUUUUAAAAAUGCUUUAAAACCUUCCAAAUUUGAAGCCAUCAGCAGAACUGCUUUGAUUUUAUCAUACUUUAUUUUAGAGAUGAAGAGAGAUCUGCUGAAGUUAAACUCAGGCUGGGCUCUAAUGCUGUGCAGUAUCAAUUUUAUACCACCAGAUGGUGCAGUGAGUAAGUUUAACCUUUAUUUAACCAGGUAAACACAGCCUGACAAAAGGCAAAGCUUGUAGAGGAAAUGGAUAAAAUAAAAUACUAAAAGAGCAGCCGCACACAUCUCUAAACACUUCAGCAGUGCUGCUGGUAAAAUGCUGCCCCCUGGUGGUGAGGGGUUUAGAUUCCUCAGAGGGCAAAUUACAAAAAUUACCUUUAAAGGCUGCUCUGUUAACAUCCGACCUGAAGAAGCAGAUUCAAGUUGAUGUCAAAAGAUUUUGAGUCAAAGCUCAUGUCUACGUAAACACGGUCACCUGAACAUCUGCUCAGGGGGCCAGAUGUGCCUGCUUUGAUUUCUGAGUGGAGUAAAACAUGAGAAAAUGAGGACGUGUUGAUUUUAAGGCGUCCAAAUCAGUGAGGUUUCCAGUGUCGUCGUUUUGUUUACAGCUCUCAACAUUAUAAGUUUCAUCAUCCCGAGGAGAGAGAAGCUGCUUACUCGCAACGUUUUAGCAGAGCAGGUAGAAAUCUGUUUAUUCAGCCUUAAUAUUUUCUGUUCAAAUCAAAUUGUGUCAAAUGAUUUGGACUUUUUAUUUAUUUUCUCACUGUGUGGAGCAAAAAUUCAUGGUUUGAAGUGUUGUUUUAAAUCAUUGUCCAUGAGAGAAACCAAAGGUUUGAUCCAGAAAUGAUCGCAGACUGUUUUGUAAAGUGAAACUCAAAGUGAUUGUUUUUCUGAAUGUAAUGAAGAAUAAACAAAUGUAUUGGUACCAGAAUUAGUGCAGUCUACAGGAGUUGUUGAAAAUGUGCAAACUAAAUGAAAUAAAAUCAAUCAACACUUA